GGCGGGCAGAAUGAAAUACAUUAGGCGAAACCGCAGAGCGUGGGAACCCGGAAGUGGUGAGGUCUCAGAUUGAGACCGCCGAUGGAAAGCGAUCCCCCUGGUGACACUGGCCCUGUGCACGUGCCUUUGGGGUACGUGGUGGCCCAUGAGAAAUGGCGAGGGUCACAGCUGGCUCAAGAGAUGCAAGGAAAAAUUAAACUCCUUUUUGAGGAUGGCCUGAACUUGGCAGAUUUUUACCUGUCCAGUAGAUCUUGCAUUAUUUACAUCACCGAAGCUGAGUUGGUGGCAGGAAAUAGCUACAGAAAGAGACUUGUCCGGGUUCGAAAUUGUGGUCAUCUUCAAGGGAUUGUAGUGGUGGAAAAAACACAGAUCAAUGAACAGUACUUCCCAGCCAUACAGAAGUUUGUGGUGCUGGAUCUUGGGAUGGCCUUACUUCCUGUAGGAAACCAGAUGGAAGCAGCCUGUCUUAUUGUCCAGUUUGUGGAAGAGCAGAGCCAAGUGAUCAGGAAGAACCCUUUCCUCAGGAAGACAACACGGGUUGGGCUCUCUGAAACUUCCCUUGUUCGAACUGUUCAACAGAUCCCAGGAGUUGGAAAAGUUAAAGCUCUCCUUCUUCUUCAGAAGUUCCCAAGCAUCCAACAACUCAGCAAUGCUUCUAUCCAAGAACUGGAGCAGGUGGUAGGCCCAGCGGUGGCCCAGCAGAUCUAUACCUUCUUCACCCAGUCCAGGUGACCUGACUUCACAUCUACUACUGUUGUCUUGCCUAGACCACAAGCUUCUGCUUUUCCUAUUUAAAAAUCAAGAAACAGCUGGGUGCCAGUGGCUCACGCCUGUAAUCCUAGCUACUCAGGAGGCUGAGAUCUGAGGAUCGAGGUUCA